GUGGCAGUGUGUCACAGGGCCCUUCGUGACACGGUGGGCAUUGCCGAUGGCAUGGAACAGGGCAGGUUGUCACAGGGCCUUUGUGACACGUGAUGACAUAGUACUGGUGGUGACGUGGCCACGUCUCAGUGCUCCUCGGAGCAUGCGACGGGAUAGACGGGAUAGAGCGGUGCUGUGUGGAGCCCCCACGCAGUCAACUCCUUCCUUUCUGACCCGGAGCGUUUUGGAGGUGUUUCUGUGGUGCAGGUGUCCUCAAGGCCAGACCGCGGGACUUGGUGACACGGAGCUUUGGCAAGGUGUCCCCAACCCCUGUGACAAGUGCCCGUGAGGCCGCGCUGCACAACUUGAUAACCCAUAGCGUUUCCUAGGCUUUUCUCUCCUUCAGUUGCCCUCGAGGCCAGACCGCAGGAUUGGUGACCCGGAAAUUUUCCGGGGAGUCUCCAAUCCUUGCGGAAGGUGGCCUCGAGGGCAGCCUGCAGGACUUGGUGACCCGGAGAUCUUCCGAGGUGUCUCUCUCUUGCAGGUACCCUCAAGACCAGACUGUGGGAUGCUAGGAAGACGCCUGAGCCUGCUCAGGCCCUUUCGGAAGAAGAAGGAAGGCCCUGGGACUACUCCAGCACAGCAGUCUGAGGAGGUGGAGCAGUUCCAGCCCCUGCAGGAGGAUCCAGGCCAGAACCAGACACAAGAGCAGGACCGUGCCCGUGGCCGCUUCCGCCGGACAGUACAGGGCUUUCUGAAAAUGUUGGGCGUUCGGCGUAGAAAGUACAGAAUCACACCAACUGAGGUCAUGGCACAGCCUGACCCCACGCCAGCUGAGCUCAAGGCGGACCCUGAUGUCGGCACCGCCUCAAUUGAUGGCACAGCAAACUGUGACACCGCGGUGACCGAUCACAUGACAAAUUCCAACACGGCACUGCCUGAGCUCACCAUGGAGGCUGAUGGUGCAACGACUGAGGGCAUCGCAGAUGCUGACAGCACACCCAUUCAGCGCCUGCCAGAUGCUCUCAUUCUGGAUAUUCUUGACGAGGGAGUUAUCUCUGUGGAAGAAACCAUGAACCAAGACAGAGACAUGGAGCGGAGACCCCCCAGGGUGCCCAAGUUGGCCUGGGUGAAAAAAGGGGAGGAGGAAAGCCCUGGGGCUGCCCCAGCACUGCAGCCUAAGAAGGUGGAGCAGUUCCAGCCCCUGCAGGAGGAUCCAGGCCAGAACCGGACACAAGAGCAGGACUGUGCCCGUGGCCACUUCCACAGAGCUGAUCAGAGAGUGCGGAAAUCCAAGGGCAUUCGGCGUAGAAAGACCAGGACAUCACCAACCAAGGUCAUGGUGCAGCCUGACCCUACACCGACGGAGCUCAAGGCAGACUCUGAUGUCGGCACCGCCUCAAUUGAUGGCACAGCAAACUGUGACAUGGCGGUGACCGAUUACUUGACAAACUCCAACACGGCACUGCCUGAGCUCACCAUGGAGGCUGAUCAUACAGGGACUGAGGGCAUUGUAGAUGCUGACAGCAUACCUGUUGAGUACCUGCCCGAUGCUCCCAGCCUGGACGCUCUUUGGGAGAGAGUUCUCUCUGCUCAAGAAACCAUGGACCAAGACAGAGACAUGGAGCGGAGACCCCCCAGGGUGCCCAAGUUGGCCUGGGUGAAAAAAGGGGAGGAGGAAAGCCCUGGGGCUGCCCCAGCACUGCAGCCUAAGAAGGUGGAGCAGUUCCAGCCCCUGCAGGAGGAUCCAGGCCAGCACCAGACAAAAGAGCAAGACCGUGCCCGUGGCCGCUUCCACAGAACUGAUCAGGUACCUGCAGCCAUCCCUCCCUGGGAUGGGCCUGCUGUCACUGCUCAGUCUGGCACCACUGUCGGAGCUUUCCAUGGCACAUCCCUUUCUUCCCUACCCUUUGUUCUCUUGCAGAGGUUGCAAAAGUCUGUUCCUGUUCGCCGUAGAAAGACCAGGGCCUCACCAACUGAAGUCUUGGCAAAGCCUGAGCUCAACCCAACCAAGCUCAAGGCCAAGGUUGACGCCCCAGAGACUGAGGGCAUCCCAGACGCUGACAGCACACCCAUUCAGCGCCUGUCUGAUGCUCGCAGUCUGCACGUUCUUGAGAAGAGAGUUGUCUCUGUGGAAGUAAGCAGCCUGUGGCUUGGGACUGUCUGGCCCCUCAAGCUGGGUCUGCUGGGCGCCCUCAGCCUCUGA